AAACUGAGGAAGAAUUUUCCACCCGGCUGCAAUUCAAGUGUUGUGAGUUUGUUCCUUUCUCUGCUUUCCUCACAGACGCUGGUGAAAUGGCCUCAGCACAUGACAGAGCAGUUCUUCAGGCCAUCUUCAACCCCAACACCCCCUUCGGAGACGUCCCUGCCCUCAACCAGGAGGAGGAAUUAAUUGAUGACGAGAGCGGCUUCGACACGGAGCUGCUGGAGCAGGUGAAAGAGUUGGAGAAGCGCGGCGUCUCGGCGGCGGAGGCUGGGGAUUUGCAGGCUGCACUUCAGCUGCUCAGCCAGGCAAUCCAGAUCCUGCCGGGUCGAGCCUCAGCCUACAACAACCGGGCCCAAGCCCUGAGGCUGCAGGGCGACACAGCAGGCGCCCUGCAGGACUUGGACCGAGCCGUCUCUCUGAGCGGCGGCGGCGGUGCCAGACGAACCGGCUGCCAGGCCCUGGUGCAGAGGGGCCUUCUGCGGAGAUUAGCCCUUCAGGACGACGCGGCCCGAGCAGACUUCGAGGAGGCAGCUGCACUCGGGAGUGAAUUUGCCCGACAACAGGCCGUGGCUCUGAAUCCCUACGCGGCCCUGUGCAACAAGAUGCUGGCAGAGGUCAUCAACCAGCUCCGAAACCCAGAAGCUGCUGAGACGCAGGCGUCAAUGUAGAUAAUGUGUCACAUGUACAUCUCUUUUGUUUUGCUUAAUAAAGGAACAUUUCUUAUCUUUAA